AUGGCAACAUUCCACCCAGAUUUUUUAAACAUGGCACCGCCUCCUAAUUAUAUAGCAGGCCUGGGACGCGGUGCUACAGGCUUUACAACACGCUCGGAUUUGGGCCCUGCCCAGGAAUUACCCUCGCAGGAUGCUGUAAAAGCAGCGAUUGAGAAACGAAGAUCUGGUGAAGAGCCUGAAGAAGACGACAUUGACCCUAGGUAUCAAGACCCGGAAAAUGAAGUAGCACUUUUUGCAACAGCUCCAUACGGUGCUGAAGACGAAGAAGCCGACCGUAUUUAUCAAACCGUAGAAGAUAAUUUAAGCAAACGGAGGAAAACUCAGCGUGAACGCCAAGAGCAAUUGCAGCGCGAACGAAUUGAAAAAGAAAACCCCAAAAUAUCUUCCCAAUUCGCUGAUUUAAAGCGUGGGUUAUCUACUUUGACGGAUGAGGAUUGGUUAAACAUACCUGAGCCUGGUGAUUUAACUCGAAAAAAAAGGCCGAAACAGCCCCGACGUGAAAGAUUUUAUGCUACGAGUGAUUUUGUUCUAGCGGGUGCACGUAACGAAGGUCAACUGGAGUCUUCCGUGGCUGUUGACGGUGCAUCCGGUUUAGAAAGUACAACAGAGGAUGACUCUAAAACUAACUUUGUUGAAAUCGGUGCGGCUCGUGACAAAGUACUAGGCAUUAAGCUUGCUCAAGCUUCCACAAAUUUAACUUCAUCUUCCACCGUUGAUCCAAAGGGAUAUUUAACCAGUUUAAACAGUAUGAUACCAAGAAGCAACACAGAUUUGGGUGACGUGAAGAAGGCUCGCAAAUUACUUCAAAGCGUAAUUGAAACCAAUCCCAAACACGCUUCUGGUUGGGUAGCUGCUGCUCGUUUGGAAGAAGUUGCUAAUAAGAAUAGCCAAGCCCGUAUCCUUAUACUGAAAGGGUGUGACAAUUGUCCACGCUCAGAAGAUGUUUGGAUGGAAGCUAUACGUUUGCAUCCGGUUGAUGAAGCGAAAGUAAUAAUUGCUGACGCGGUUCGGAAUCUUCCUCACUCUGUAAAGUUAUGGUUAGAAGCAGAACGAUUAGAAACACAGAGUUCUGCGAAAAAAAGAAUUGUGAAAAAAGCUCUUGAACACAACCCUACUUCUGUCGGUCUGUGGAAAGAAGCAGUGAAUUUGGAAGAAGAAGUAACGGAUGCCAGGAUUUUACUUGCUCGUGCUGUUGAGUUAAUUCCGAUGUCUAUUGAUCUUUGGCUCGCGCUUGCAAGAUUGGAAACAUACAAGAAUGCACAAAAGGUUUUGAACAAAGCUAGGCAGACAAUUCGUACUUCGCACGAAGUAUGGAUAGCAGCUGCACGUUUGGAAGAACAACAAGGAAAUGUUUCUAGAGUUCAAAAAAUUAUGGCUCGUGGUAUUGCCGAACUACAGGAAACUGGCGGCAUGUUACAACGCGAUCAAUGGUUACAUGAAGCUGAAAAAUGUGAAAAAGAGGGAGUCGUUCUUACGGCUCAAGCCAUCAUUAAUACUUGCUUAUCUAUAGGAUUAGAUGAAGAAGAUCAAUUGGAUACUUGGAUGGAUGAUGCUCAGUCUUUCAUAAUUUCAAAAUGUCUCGAUUGUGCUCGAGCAGUCUUUGCUUAUACCCUCCGUGUAUAUCCUACAAAUGAGAAAAUUUGGCUUCGUGCUGUUGAAACCGAGAAGGUUUAUGGAUCUACCGAUACGGUUUGCUCGAUCUUAGAAAAGGCAAUCGAAGCAUGCCCAAAAACUGAAAUUAUUUGGUUAGUCUACGCCAAAGAAAGGAAAAAUAUUGGUGAUGUGAACGGAGCUAGAAAUAUUUUGGGAAGGGCCUUCGACUUUAAUUCUAACAGUGAAGAAAUUUGGCUUGCUGCUGUAAAACUUGAAUUUGUUAACAAUGAAGAUGAAAGGGCUAAGAAAUUAUUAGCACGUGCUCGUAUAGAAUCAGGUUCAGAAAGAAUUUGGACAAAGUCCAUUUCGUUGGAAAGAGUUUUGGGUAAAGUGGAUGGAGCAUUGGCAUUGUUGGAAGAUGCUUUGAAAAUUUUUCCUACUUACGAUAAGUUUUGGAUGAUGAAAGGACAAAUCUUGGAAGACUCUAAUGAUAUUGGGAAAGCGCAGGAUGCAUUUGUAAUGGGUACAAAGCUAUGUCCUCAUUCCAUUGCUUUGUGGAUUCUUCUUGCUAGGUUGAAAGCAAAAGAAACUAUCGUACGUGCAAGAGUUGUUCUUGAUCGAGCCAAAGUUCGUAAUCCUAAGAAUGAACUUUUAUGGCUUGAAGUGUUAAAAAUGGAAAGCAGUAUAGGAAAUACAUCUCAGAUGAAAGCAGCGUUGGCCAAGGCUUUACAGGAGUGUCCAUCAUCUGGAUUACUAUGGUCGGAAGCAAUAUGGUUAGAGCCUAGAGCUCAAAGAAAAACUAGGGCCACUGAUGCUUUGCGAAAAUGUGAAGGUAAUUCCUACCUUUUAUGCACAAUUGCGAGGAUGCUGCAUUCUGAAUCAAAACUAGAAAAAUCACGCGAGUGGUUUAUGAAAGCUAUCAGGGCGGAUCAGGAUAACGGCGAUGUCUGGGUUUGGUUUUAUAAAUUCAGUCUUGAGGUAGGAACCCAAGAACAACAAGAAGAGGUUAUUAAAAACUGUGAAACUGCUGACCCUCGUCAUGGGUAUUUCUGGCCUACCAUAACUAAGGAUGUGAAAAAUGCCAGAAAAAAUAUACCUGAACUUUUAAAGGAGGCAGUCAAAAAACUUUAA